UCGGCCGGAGCUGCCAGCGGGGUGGCUGCCUCCGCUGGUUGUUACAGCUGCCUUAGCAGCAGCGGCCGCCGCCCCCGGGCACCCCUCUCGGGCCCUCUCGGGCCCUCGACCUCCGGCCCCACACGGGCUGUGUGAACGCGUGGAGGUGGGGGUGGGGCUCCGGACCCGGCCAGGCUGUGAACGCGAGGUCGGAGGCUGGGGAGCGGAGCCGGAGGCCUCCCUUCGGCUUAAGGUCGCACUCAGAAAACCCCAGCAGUAGUGAGGACUCCGCCUCUUCGCUUCACCUCCCGGGGUAGUGGGGGUUCGCCCCAGUACUUCAUUUCCACCGCCCUCCCGAGUCCAGGAGGCAGGGCCAGAGCUGAGAGAACAGUGGCAGGAGAGGGGCAGCAGGAUGAAUGUGGGCACGGCGCACAGCGAGGUGAACCCCAACACACGGGUGAUGAACAGCCGAGGCAUCUGGCUCUCCUACGUGCUGGCCAUCGGGCUCCUGCAUGUCGUGCUGCUCAGCAUCCCCUUCGUCAGCGUCCCUGUCGUCUGGACCCUCACCAACCUCAUCCACAACAUGGGCAUGUACAUCUUCCUCCAUACGGUGAAGGGGACACCCUUUGAGACCCCAGACCAGGGCAAGGCGAGGUUGCUAACCCACUGGGAGCAGAUGGACUACGGGGUGCAGUUCACAGCAUCGCGGAAAUUCUUGACCAUCACACCCAUCGUGCUGUACUUCCUCACCAGCUUCUACACCAAGUACGACCAGAUCCAUUUCAUCCUCAACACUGUGUCCUUGAUGAGCGUGCUCAUCCCCAAGCUGCCCCAGCUCCAUGGAGUCCGGAUUUUUGGAAUCAAUAAGUACUGAGGGUGCAGCCCCUCUUCCUGUCCAGAUGGCAGGAAAGGGGUAGACGCCUGUGCUGGGAUGCUGAAGACAGAAGGAGCCUCUGGUAGUGCCAGAGAAGGGGGUUGAGCCUCUGGGCCCUAGCUCCCCACCACUUCCCUCAGUAGCCGACUUGAAGUAGCUUGUAGUGGGGUUGGGAUGCCCCCCUGCCCCCAGCUCUGACCCUUCUGAUUGUUUUGAUCUUUUCCUUUUGCCUUUUGGAUAAAGACUCCGUGGGGAUGGUCACAGAAUGGGCUGGGCUCCCGGGCUAAACACAGACCUUUGAGGUUGGGACAAGAGGCCAGGGCAGCCCCCUGUGCACUUGCUCCUCCUCAGACCGCUAAAGCACUUUAACCCCUGUGAGGGGACGGUACAGUUUCUAGAUUGUUUCACUUGAGUUCUGGUCUUUCGGAUGACCCUCAGUGCGUGCUUGUAUGUGUGACAGCCAGCGCGUGAUGGUGCCUCAUCCCUCUGGGAAGAGAACCGUCUAAUCAAAGCCUCACGCUUCUGGCAGCUCCCCUACAACCCACCCUGGGUAGUGGGUGGGAGUGGGGAGGGUAAGGAAAGGGAUGAUGGGGCUGGGUGGGGAUGGCCUGGUCCCGGAGGUGGGGCCAGGGCUGCUGCCAUCCUGCCCUGGUGGAGACAGGGAGGGGGUGGGAGAAGGGGUGGGGAUGAUGAAUUGAGACUUAGAAGGGGGGGGGGGUCACACAGUAGCAGAGAUUGGUGUGAUGGAGGGAGGGAGGAAGGGUGGGAACAGAAGCUAGACCCAACCUCAUCCUGUGGAAAGUGGUCAAGGAUGGGGGCAGGCUUCGAGAGUUCAUUUACCCACAGCAUGGCGGUGGUAAUAAGGGAGGCUGCUGUGGGUUCCACGCUCCUGGAUUGGUGUCAGGCGGUGGAGAUGUGUGGAAGAGGCCCGUGAGUCAUCGUAAGCACAGGUCCAGUGUGACCCUGACUUCUGCCGUGGUGUGAGGGGCGUGGGGAAACCGGGAUAGAAAUGAUGAAUGGUGGGCCCUUCCACAGCCCUUUGCCUCGGCCUCCUUGUGCAGACGCGCUGGGGCAGGGCCUCUCGUGUGGCAUGCACCGGUGGGGCUAUUGAGGCCACCCCAAAAUGGGUCGAGGGGGCUACAGUCGUGCAUGGUCCCUUUUUGUGCAGGGCAGUGGAAGGUGCAAGGAGUGGCCUGCAGGCACUGUCUCCUCACGUGAGGAGCAAAGAGGUGGGGCAGGAGCCUGAGCUGGGCUGGAGAGGAGCCACCCUGCCCCUCCCCAAGCUGACUCGGGUCUGUGUUUCUUCUGAAACGUGUGGGUGCCUGUGCCCCUUCCCAGGAUCCCGAGGGAGGUCAUUGACUGUUUCCUGCCUCCUCGUCCCCCAAGCCCCCACUCCAUGUAUUAUAGGGAACUUUCACCUCAAAAUCUUUCUAAGCAAAGUGUGAAUAGGAUUUUUACUCCCUUUGUACAGGAUUCUGAGAAACGCAAAUAAAGGACAAUGUGUUCCUGUUUC